ACAAAUUAGGGGCUAAAUAUCGAAGUUAUAUGGUCCAGAGUGUGUAUGUGCGGUAUGGUUUAGACUAGGCAAGCCAUCUGACUAGAGAUCAACAGUUUUUUUCACUUCACAAAACAAAAACAAGAAAGUGAAUUCGAAUAAGGGAAAGACUAGGACCAAAUCAAACAUAAGGGGUUAACGAAACCCAAACAUGAGACUUAUUCGUAAAAGAUUUUCUCAACUAAUUAAUUAAGCUCAAUAACUCAAGUUUUACAGAGAGAUCUGAAACUAAAAUUAAUAUUAUUUAUUUACAAAGAUGUUGCAAAGACAAACUAACCACAACAAAUUAAAUCAAAAGGAUUGAUGAGAACCUAUAUUACCACUCUACUUUCCCGUCGUAAGAAACGACGUUUAGUGACAACAUAUAUCUAGGGCAUUGGUAAUGCUUAGUCAAUUAUGAUUUUGCUGUAAUGAUUUGCAUAAAUGAUAUGCGAAGAUGAUAACAUUCCUCUUUAAUUAAUAUCCUAACUAUGGAGGCGAAAUUGGAUAUGGGACAUCACAUGGGAUUGUUCUGAAAUAAUUGACGAGCAGAAACAAACAAAAAAAAAAUGCUCAAAGUCACAUAGUAACUUCUACUCUUCUCUACAAUGAUAGUUAAGUAUCUGUACAACUAUUUUGGCUUUUCAUACCCUCCAAAUGCAUCAAUGUUGAAGAGGGAUAUAGCACAACACAGAUAAUCUGUCUACAAGUUAUAACAACGUUUUGGUCAACAUAUAUAACGCUAUUUUGAUUAAGUUAAACGUACUUUGAAAAUAUUAUAAGAAUUAAACAGGAGGGAGAUCAGAGUUAGAGAGUUGAUGAUCAAAGCUUAAUUACCCAAGGGAAUGAAGACUUUCAUUAAACAAAGAGUUGGGCUCCAUGAAUUGCAUCCCUUGGGAUAUACCACAAGCCCCUUUUUUUUUUUCUUUGCCCUAAAUAGUUUCCCAUGUAUGCGGCGAAACUGGGAUUCCCUCUACUGUAUAUUCUGUCUGCCUCUCCGUGCCACAGCUAAGCUACACUACUUGAAUCUUAAUUAUUCUGGGUUUACAUUUUCCCCCACCCAAUUGAAUCUUAUUUGCCCCUUCACUAACAAUUUAUUAAUCCACAAUACACUAACCUAACACAAAAAAAAAAAAGUUGAACAACAUGAACUCAUGAUCUCCCAUCUCAAAAUGUCAAUGCCUCAAAUCCCCAACCAAUAUAAAUUCACUCCCCCGUCCAUCCACUUCUCACCACCACCACCACAACGAACCCAAAACUAAACAGUAAAGCUAGCGAGUAACAAACUUCCACCAUCAUGGGCCGGGACAACAACGCCAUGCCUGCCAACCAGCCAGACUUCGCCUUCUCGGUGGAAGCCGAGGACCCAUCGGCGGCCAAGUUCGACCUGCCGGUUGACUCGGAGCACAAGGCGACGAAGUUCAAGCUCUUCUCGUUCGCCAACCCGCACAUGCGUACGUUCCACCUUUCGUGGAUCUCCUUCUUCACCUGCUUCGUCUCCACCUUCGCCGCCGCCCCGCUCGUCCCCAUCAUCAGGGACAACCUCAACAUCACCAAGAGCGACAUCGGCAGCGCCGGCGUGGCCUCCGUCUCCGGAUCCAUCUUCUCCCGCCUCGUCAUGGGCGCCGUCUGCGACCUCCUGGGACCCAGGUACGGUUGCGCCUUCCUCGUCAUGCUCUCCGCCCCCACCGUCUUCUGCAUGUCCUUCGUCUCCGACGCCUCGGGCUACGUGGCGGUACGGUUCAUGAUCGGAUUCUCCCUCGCCACCUUCGUCUCCUGCCAGUACUGGAUGAGCACCAUGUUCAACAGCAGCAUCAUCGGCCUCGUCAACGGAACCGCCGCCGGCUGGGGGAACAUGGGUGGGGGCGCGACGCAGCUGAUCAUGCCCUUGGUCUACGAGAUCAUCCGACGUGGCGGGGCCUCGCCCUUCACGGCCUGGAGGAUCGCGUUCUUCAUCCCCGGUUGGCUCCACGUCAUCAUGGGGAUCAUGGUGCUGACUCUGGGACAGGACCUGCCAGAUGGCAACCUCGGGGCCCUACAGAAGAAGGGUGACGUGGCGAAGGACAAGUUCUCGAAAGUCCUCUGGGGCGCGCUCUCCAACUACCGGACGUGGAUCUUCGCCCUUUUGUACGGUUACUCCAUGGGUGUCGAGCUGUCCACCGACAACGUCGUGGCGGAGUACUUCUACGAUAGGUUCGACCUCAAGCUCCACACCGCCGGGAUAAUCGCCGCGACUUUCGGGAUGGCGAACCUCGUGGCGAGGCCGUUUGGAGGGUACGCGUCCGACGUGGCGGCGAAGUACUUUGGGAUGAGGGGAAGGUUGUGGACUUUGUGGACGCUGCAAACCCUAGGCGGUGUUUUCUGCAUUUGGUUGGGAAAAGCGAGUACGCUACCUCUAGCGAUCUUGUCGAUGAUUUUGUUUUCAGUUGGAGCUCAGGCGGCGUGUGGGGCCACGUUUGGGAUCAUUCCCUUCGUGUCUCGACGGUCGUUGGGGAUCAUAUCGGGUCUGGCCGGUGCGGGUGGGAACUUCGGGUCGGGUUUGACCCAGCUGGUUUUUUUCUCGACGAACAGAUACUCCACGGAGACGGGACUGUUUCUGAUGGGGAUUAUGAUCGUGUGCUGCACGCUUCCGGUGACUUUGGUGCACUUCCCGCAGUGGGGAGGGAUGUUCUUCCCGGCGUCCAGCGAUCCGGUGAAGUCGACGGAGGAGUAUUACUACGAGAUGGAGUGGAGCGAGGAGGAGAAGCAGAAGGGAUUGCACCACAACAGUCUCAAGUUCGCCGCCAACUGUCGGUCGGAGCGUGGGCCCCGCCGUGGGAAUAAUAUCGCCUCCGUCGCUACGCCGCCCAAUGCGACGCCGAAUCAUCAUGUCUAGUAAUGAAGAGGGACAAGGGGGAUGAGCUAAAGCUAGAAUGCUGUGUGGGAGUUUUUUUUUUCUUACUUUAUUGUCCCGUAAUAAGCGUUUAAAAUCAAGUCUACGAAAAAAAGAGACGCUAACUUGGUUAUUUUUAUGUGAUUCAUCAUGGAAUGAAUUUCACAUAGAAUAAUCGAAAUGACGAGUCGGAGUGUGAUAGACUUGAUGUAUCCAAGUUACAUACAUCUCAUGUAACAUACUUGUUGCGAGUGUGUUUUAAGCAAUUAUACAUGAAUUCAAUUUUGUUUUUAAGUAUCGUAAAAACAAUGAAACAUUUCAAGUGCUAACACAAGCAACACAAGCAAAUUCCAAUGGUUGAUUUUCAACAUCCAUAUAUAUGCUAUUCCAUUAUUGGAACCGUGGGAUGUACAUUUAAUCUUUCUUUCUCAAGUUGAAUUUUAUAUGGGUGUUUCUUUAGUUUUAUUUUGAUGAGUAAUGAUAUAAUUUAUCUGAUGAAGGCAAUAUUAAAUUCUUACAAACGUGCACUUAUCAUGAUUACAUCAUGGGUAUUAAUAUACUAGAUUGUGUCAUCAGGAGACUAAAAAUACCAUUUUUUAAUCUUCUACUGGUCUUUUGCCCGCGCUUCGCAGGGGUAAGAAAUCAAUUAUAUUUAAGAGUUCAUUUACUUAUUUAAUAAUUAAGCUGAAAUUAAAUAAUUCAUAAAAUUAUUGGGGUACGAUAUCUUCAUAAGGCCUACGAAAUUUUUACCAUUACGAAUGACAUAUGUCAUACGUUUGUUUAACUGAUGUAAAAACUAUAUAUCCCUCCAUAAAUUUUAUAGUGUCUCAUGAUUAAAUUGUAAUGUGAAAGAAUAACUUACCUUACAGGAAAUUUCUCCCUCUCUCUGAGGCCGCCACCAAAACAUAUUCUUCCUUCUUCUUCCUCCUCUUCUUCUUCCUCCCAUCUCGUCAACUCCUCCCGCCGUCGUCGCCUUUCUCCCGCCGCCGCCUUCCUCCUACAACCCUUCUCCCACCGGCCACCGACACAUAUUCCCGUCGUCGCAUCCACAACAGUCCCGUAGCACCUCCGCCCCUGUCGGCUGUCCCUUGGCUCUUCACACUGUUGCCUCCACCCAUGCUGCUGCCGUCUCGCGGCGCUCUCCGCCCCUGCCACGAGGUCUCUACCGCGAGGUCAUCGAUUCCCCCUGCCACUAGCCUCCUCUCCUUACCUCUUCCGGUGUGAGUCCCUCUGCCUCUUUGUGCCUCCUCUCCUCUCCUCCUCUUUGUUUUUCAGAUCAGUGGUUUUUGGAUUUUCAGAUCUGGUUUUUUUCUAGUGGUACUGAUUUUCUAGUGAUAGUGGUACUGGUUUUUUACUGGUAGUGGUACUAUAUGGAGUGGUAAGCUACCACUACCAAGUAUCAGAAGGCAGUGGUACACUACCACUACCCGGUACCAGAUGGUAGUGAUAAGUACCACUAACGUACUGACAGAGUUUUAAUUUUUUACAGCUGGCCGGAGCGAGUCGUAUUCAAGGAUCUUGCCGGAGAAAGUCUGCUGGUCGGAGUGGAGUGGUUGCUUGAAAAGUAAGAGAGAGAUUGAAAGAGAGAGUUGUAUUUAUUGUAGGAUUCAAAAUUAAAAAAAAACAUGUAUUUAAUAUGAAUUUUUAAUUCCCAAUCUGUAGUUAAUAAAAAAAUUAAUUAAUAAAUUCGUUUUUUUUUGUCAUACCUAAAAUACCCUUAGUUGUCAAUCUCCCAACCCCUUAGGGGUUGUUACCGUAUCCCAUCCCGGUAUUUUCAAAUUCGUCUCGAGUUUGAGGUUAAAAUUUUUAUCAAAUCAUAUUAAAAUUUUAUUCAACUCGUCUCAUUAAUAACCUAUUUUGUAUACAUGAUCUUUUCAAGUCAAGCUUAGUAUUGUUUUGCAUAUAUAUAUAAAUUAUUGUUAUUUCGAAUUAUUGCUUUAUGCAUACGUAUGCCGUCCAAGGGUCUUGGAACUAAAUAAAAAAUGAAACACGUCAGUCCAA